AUGCCUAUAUUCAGCAAAAAGAUUUGCCUGUGGGAACAAGAAGAAUAUACCGAUGCUGCUGCUGCUGCUGCUGCUGCGGUGGCAGACCAACUGCAACAGCAGCUGCAGCAGCAGCAGCAGCAGCAGCAGCAGCAGCAGCAGCAGGAACCAGAGACACGGCGAAAGGGGAAAUGGAGUUUGCUGAAGCGGCUGCUGAAUCUGGGGAAAGCAGAGGGGAAUCAGCAACGGCAGCAGCAGCAACAACAGCAGCAAGAGCAGCAGCAGCAACAACAGCAGCAAGAGCAGCAGCAGCAGCAGCAACAGCAACAGCAACAGCAACAGAAAGAGCAAGAGGAGCAGCAGCGUGAAGAGCAGAAGCAUAAGGGGCGGACAGGGAAGACGCGGCGGUCAGCGCAACACUUGGUGCAGCAACAUCGUCAGCAGCAACAGCAACAGCAGCAACAGCAGCAACAGCAACAGCAGCAAGAACCAGAGGAGCAACAGCAACAACAGCAGCAGCAACCCAGGACGCAGCAGGGUAGACAGCGUGGGGAGGAUCUGCAGUAUGCACAGCAGCAACAGCAGCCAACACAGCUCCAAGCGCUGCAGCUGUUGGAGGAACUUAUUCAGCAGCAGCAGCAGCAGCAGCAACAGCAGCAGCAGCAGCAGCAGCAGCAGCAGCCGCUGCAGCAGCAGCAGUUAGAGCGUCUGGAGGAGAUGCGGACUCGGCACACCAAUAUGCUGAUUAGGUUGCUUGCCUACAAUAAGGGUAAGGAUAGCCGCAUAAGUAUACAGCGCAGCAGCUAG